GGGCCGGGCCCGGCGGGCCCCCUGAGGGCCGGUCCGUCGCUCGCCGUCUUGCUCGUCGUCCUGCUCGGCUUGGGGCCCCGCGGGCCCCUCCCCACCGGCGCUGGCAAGAUGAAGGUGGUAGAAGAGCCGAACACUUUUGGAAUAAACAACCCUUUCAUGCCCCAGACCAACCGGCUGCAGCCCAAGAGGGAUCCCUCGGCGGUGACAGGGCCGGCCCAUCUCUUCAGACUCGCAGGAAAGUGCUUCAGCCUUGUGGAGUCCACGUACAAAUACGAGUUCUGCCCAUUCCACAACGUCACCCAGCACGAGCAGACUUUUCGCUGGAACGCCUACAGCGGGAUUCUGGGGAUCUGGCACGAGUGGGAGAUCGCCAACAACACGUUCACGGGCAUGUGGAUGAGAGACGGCGACUCCUGCGCCAGCAGGAACCGGCAGACCAAGGUGGACCUUGCUUGUGGAAAGAGCCACCGCCUGGCUCAGGUGUCGGAGCCCAGCACGUGCGUAUACUCCCUCACCUUCGAGACGCCGCUGGUCUGCCACCCCCACGCCCUGCUGGUUUACCCGACCCUGCCGUGGGCCCUGCAACACCGGUGGGACGAGGCCGAGCAGGCGCUGGUGGACGAGCUGAUCACACCCCAGGGCCAUGAAAAGGUGCUGAGGGCCAUCUUUGAGGAUGCAGGCUAUCUAAGAGCCCCUGAGGAGAGCAUCGCCUGGACCGGAGCUGGAGGCGGCGGGGAGCCUGGGUUUGAGAACCUGGAGCAGUGCAGUAAGGAAUACAGAGAGGCGUCCAAGGAGCUGAAGAGGCUGAGAGCGCUGCUGGGACAACAUGGCAUCCCCUACGCCCAGGCCCAGGCCUCGCCAAGCAGCCACAGGCCAACUCUCGGCCCCCGGCACCCCCUUCCCCGCUCCCCACCUCGGGAACGGCCGGAGCCCACCGCACCGACCCCCCGAACGCCAACACUACAGCGGGACCGCCCUCCCGCCCGGCCCAAGAACGACACCCCGUAAAGAUUCAAAAUUUUAAUGCCCAUACGGAUAAUAAAAAUAAUUCCAUGGAUUUUGUAAACCG